GGAAACAUGUUUGGAUUCCUAUUUUUAGCUUGACUUUCAUCAUUGGAUUGAUUUGAAACACAUGCAGAAGUUGAAGAUGGAUUUAGAUGAUCAACUGGAUGUCAAAGCAGAAUGAAGCAGACGUCAAACAUGUUGGGAUCAUAUGUGAUGAAGAUGAAUGUUGAUGUUUCCAGAUGAUGAUGAGCUUCUCCUGCUGAGUCCUGUCCAUCCUGUGACUGAGGGACAUUCUGUUACUCUUGGCUGCAAGUUGAGGACAGAAAAUCUUCUUUCUAAAGUGUUUUUCUAUCAAAAUGACACAAUCAUCCAAAGUGAGAGCAGAGUGGAGAUGGUCAUCCCUGCAGUGUCAAAGUCUCAUGAAGGCUUCUACAAGUGUCAAUCCUCAGGAAAAGAAUCACCACAGAGCUGGUUGGCAGUAACAUCUACAUCCAGACGUGACAGCUCCUCAUUUCCUGUCUUGGUUGUUGCUCUAACUUCUGUAGUUUUGGUCAUUUUUCUAUUCAUGAUGUGGUUUCUCUACAAAAGAUCAAGAGAUUCAGACAUCAUCAGCAGCUCUCAGGACAACAACCAGAGCUCUGCUGCAGACCACAGAGAAGCUCAGCACAGAAAUGACUCCAUGCUCCUCCAUGGUGGUUCUUCUCUGUUUGAAUCACACAAAGGUCCUGAGGAGAUUCAAACUGAUCCAGAAGAUGAAAACAAAGGUGAAUCCAGGAAGGUUACAUAUUCUUCAAUCAAUCUUAAAACCGUCACUAAGAAAAAAAAGAGACAGAAAGCAGCAGAGGAGACAGUUUACUCUGAUGUGAAGACAGGAGCGUCUGCAGAUGGCAGUCAGCUGUAUGCACAGAUCAUGAAGAAAAACAAAGGAAAAUGGUCUCAUUCAGCUGAUGAGAUGCUUUACUCUGAAGUUCAAUGAGGACAAACACUUGAUCCACAGAGCCAGCAGCAUCCAUCAAUGUGAUGAACAAACGUCUCACCUGUAGGUGGCGCUGC